AUGGAGGAAACGCCAAUGGGCGAGUCCAUCAAGAUAUCACCAAUAUCGAAAGGCUAUGUUCAAGCUCUAGAGGGCCAAGUGGCUUCUCUCGAGCUCCUCAUCCGCAAGCUCGCCGUAGCUGAUAGCGCUGAAAGAGACGAAAUGCUAUCUGAAAUCGCCCUCUCACCACCAGCCUCACUAGACAUGUCACAGAAACCGACGACAGACCACGCAAAAUCAAACACUGAUCCUAAAGUCGUAGCUGCUCAAGUACGCUCCGGGCAGCUGAGACGACCGCGGUCAAGCCAUGCCACGCAAUUCUUUGGAGGUACCAGCGCCUUUCACAUCCAUCUUUCUCAGGAAGUCUCGUUAUCGCCAGAUGACUUGAGUCCUCAGAUUGAAUCCAAUUCUACCCCUGUAAUGAUGACGGGUGGUAUGCCAGAGAUGAGCAGUAAUAGUAGCCCGCGCGAGACCAACUUUGUAUAUGCACCGCAUGACGAGACAUCGCAGGCCUGCAUGGCUGCUUAUUUCCAGUACCAGUAUCAGUUCCAUCUGCUCAUAUACAGAGAAUACUUCUUGCGAGACUACGACGUGGGGUCAGGGAGAUACUACUCUGAUGCGCUGCUAUUCGCCAUCUGUUCCCUGGGUGCCAUGCAGCUUGACGACUUUCGCUCAGUAUCCGACAUCUUCGCCCACCAAGCUCAACAACUUAUCUAUGCUGACCUCGACAGCCCAGAACUUACCACGCUCCAGGCAUUGGCUCUUCUGGGAUAUCGUGAGAUCGGUGCAGGUCAUACCUCGAAGGGCUGGCUGUUUGCCGGUAUGGCCUUUCGUCUUGCGCACGAAAUGGGUCUUCACCUUGACCCGAACAAUUGGGAUGCUUCAAGCGAAGGAACUUCAAACCGUGACACAGAGAUUCUAAGAAGAGUCUACUGGGCCAUCUUUAUUGCCGACAAACAACUAAGUCUCUAUUUUGGAAGACCACCAGCUCUACAUCCUAGCGAGUCAGACGUUCGCAACACGAUAAGACUGCAAUAUCCGCCCGACUGGGAAGGUCUGCUCGACACAUAUAUCUGUAAAGGGGCUUCUGCAACAGAGUUUGAAGAUGGAGUCGCUCUUGUAGGCGCUUUCAUCUAUCAGGCAGAGUUGUGCAAGAUUGCCCAUCUGAUGAUUACAGAUCUGUUUGAGAACCGUCGAGGUAACGUGGAUGCGACCGUGGCUGCUGCUAGAUCGCGACAAAUACAUGUGUCCCUUACGAAAUGGCUGUCGAGUCUGCCUGGAACUCUUCACUGGAACCAAUGGACCGUGGGUAUAGUGCAACCAUCUGUGCUCCGUAUGCACAUGUUUUUCCAUACAAUCAUGAUUAUCUUACACCGACCACCGUCACAUCUAUACGAAAAACCGGGCAUCGCCGAGAGUGAAGAUGUCGAGAUCUGUUACGAGUCUCUACAAGCUAUUCUUCGUUUGAUGCGAACAUACUCACGACAUUAUCGCUUCCGCUCACUACCCCUUGACUUUGUGCAAACCCUAUCCACCGCAGCAGGCACCAUCAUGAUGAAGAGGUUCUUCCAAGGCGCAUCAUGGGAAGACUCAGACAUUGCCCGAUCCCUUUCCACCGUCAUAGAAGCAAUGGAGGAGGUACAGCACACAUGGCCAUGUAUGAGCGAAAUCAAAGACUAUGUUGUACGGGCACGUAACGCACAGGUCGUGAUGCCUCCCGAGGACCCCCUGAUUGGACCUGAUCUUAUGAACGGCCUAGAAUUGGAUCAUAACGUUACGGCAGAGCUCAUGGCUCAGUGGGGUGAGGAGCUUGGCACGCUUGUGACGGAUGAGUUUUUGAGUAUGCAGCUUCAAGGCUCUGAACAAGGUGUGAUGGCGCCGUUUGACUUUAAUCAGCCGCCUCUAGAACCCCGAUAA